AUGCGCCGGACGACCACCCAGCGCCGGGGGCCGCGCCGCCGCACCGACCAGGCAUCAGGCUCCGGCAGCGGAGGGGUCGACAACCUCAGCGCCCUCCCGGACGCGAUCUUGCACCACAUCAUGUCGUUCCUCAAGGCGUGGGAGGUGGUGCCCACCUGCGUGUUCGCGCGCCGGUGGCGUCACCUCUGGGAGUCCACGCCCUGCGUCGACCUCCACCUGCGCUACAUGAGCCGUGACGGUGACCCGCCCCAGGAGUUCCGCGACUUCGUGCACCGCCUCUUCCUCCUCCACUACAUGUCGGUGCCCGUGGACACGCUCCGCCUGCAGCCCAGCGAUGAGGACGCUGGCUUCAACAAGGAAGAAGCCAGCAUAUGGAUCAGGACUGCUCUCAAGCGCAAGGCGCGUGUUAUUCAUCUCACUGGGCAUCACAAGAGAGCCGCGUCGUUGGACGGCAUGCCCUUCGUUUCGUGCCACCUCAAGAUCUUGAAGUUGUCGUAUGCCAGGCUCGAUGAUAGUGUCCUCUGA